CGUGCUUCUACCCGGUAAGUGUGACAAAAUCAAGCAAGAACGAGAUGAGGCUGUCAAGAAACUGGAGGAGUUCCAGAAAAUUUCUCACAUGGUUAUUGAGGAAGUAAACUGUAUUCAGAAUCAUCUUGAAAUUGAGAAGACGUGCCGUGAAAGUGCUGAGGCUUUGGCUUCUAAGCUGAACAAAGAAAACAAGACCUUGAAAAGAAUUAGCAUGCUUUAUAUGGCAAAACUGGGCCCAGAAAUUAUCACUGAAGAGAUUAACAUCGAUGAGGAAGAUCCAGCCCCAGAUACAGAAGCUAACUCUGGAUCAUGCAAUUCCGUGCAUUGUCAACAGCAAAUAAAAGAGCUGCGAGAUCAAAUCAUAUCUGUUCAUGAGGAAAAGAAGACCUUAGCCAUUGAACUGGAAAACCUGAGGUGCAAACUUGUAGAAGUAAUUGAAGAAGUGAAUAAAGUGAAAGAAGAGAAGGCUGUUUUGACAACAGAAGUUAACAAGCAGCAAAAACUGUUGGAAAAAUGUAACAGAGUGUCUGUGCUGGCUGUAGAGGAAUAUGAAGAGCUUCAUGUGAACUUUGAACUGGAAAAGAACCUACGGAAGAAAGCAGAGUCAUUUGCCCAAGAGAUGUUUAUUGAACAAAACAAGAUGAAAAGGCAAAGUCAGCUGCUUCUGCAAAAUGCUGCUCCUGAUCAGCAGCUUUUGAAGGCUUUGGAUGACAAUGCUAAGCUAACCCAUACAUUAGAGGAAGAGAGACUUCAACACCAACAAAAGAUCAAAGAAUUGGAAGAGCAGCUGGAAAAUCAAGCACUACAUAAGGAGAUUAGUCGUCUUAAACAGCAGCUAGAACUGUUAGAAGAAGAUAAAAAGGAGCUAGAGCUUAAGUGUCAGAGCUCUGAAGAAAAAGCAAGAGACCUAAAGCAUACAGUUGAUGAACUUCAAAAACGAGUACACCAGUCUGAAAAUCCUCCCCCUCCUCCUCCCCCACCUCCGCCUCCUCCUCUUCCUCCUCCGCCGCCUCCUAACCCUAUACGGUCUCUCAUGUCAAUGAUUCGCAAGAGAUCUCACUCCAACACCAAUGUGAGCAAGAAGGAGAAACCUCCCCAGCAGGAGUCAGGUGAAGAAGUAACAGAUCUGAAGAGACAAGCUGUUGAAGAAAUGAUGGACAGAAUUAAAAAGGGAGUUCAUCUGAGACCAGUCAACCAAUCAAGCAGACCUAAAACAAAGCCAGAGACACCAAAGCCUUCUGAAAGUGCAAUGAAAGAAUUAAAAGGGAUUCUGGAAACACUGAACAAAUCUACUAGUUCCCGAAGCUUGAAGUCCCUUGAGACAGACAGUGGUGAAACAGAGCUAGAACGAGUUCUGCGACGCCGGAAAGUGACUACUGACCAGGACAGUGGUGGUCCCACUGGAAUCUUGGCCACAUCAGAAUCAAAAUCUGAACCUGUGCUAGGUUCAGAAGCCAGUGCUGCACAAACGGCGUUGAACAAGAAAGAUCUGGAGACAGAACUCAGUACCAAAGUAUCUGAUUCAGGUCCUGUUUCUAACCAGCUUAAAGGUGUCACAGGUUCCAAGGCUACGUUACAAUCACCCAGUCAUAUGGAAUCUACAAGAAAAGCUUCUAGUAGUGAAAAAGGGACAGAAUCCAUUGUAGUUUUAGAUCCUGUUGCCACCGGUGGGGAUCGGAUGUCCGAAAACACACCGCAUCAGAACAAAACGAGAGAAGGAAAAAGCAAGCCACUGCCUAAAGAAACUAACGUAGAGAAAAUAAAAGAGAUAGACAGUUCUAACUGUUGAAACCUGUUCUGAAAAAGGCCGUACCUUUUGGGAAUCAUUAUCUGGACAUGUAAAUUGCUUAGGUGUGUUGCUAGGGGCUACAGUCUGUACUCCAAAGUUUUCAGUAAUGCAGGUUGAAAUGGUCUUUUGUAUGCAGUUUUGUUACAAGCAUUAGUGUUAAACAACUAUGUAUCACUCAAACUCCCUUUCCCAUUUUAGUUUUGCAGGUAUGGUUAAUGUUUUCUUAGAUGUUGACCGUUACCUUCCUUUUUCUUAAAACUGUGUUUGAAAAGGCUUUUUAAUUUUUUCUUUUAUUGAGAAGAUCCUUCGUUAAAGGACCAUUCCAAAGCUUGCCAGAAGCCCCUCGCAUCCCUCUUGAACUGGUCAGGCUUUGGGUUAGACCUUAUGAAGGCGAUUACACUCACCUCAGCUUCAGUAUAGGGGUAUUAUUAAAAACAAAUAAAAAAAACAGGUUUUAGACACACUGCUUUAAGAAUACUUUGAUACUACCUAAAGCAAGGUCUUGUAGGUCUCCUUACUGCCUUCUCCACACAGGCCACUUUGAUGAAAUUGAAAGCACAAGCAUAACACUUCUGUUUCAGUUUCCCCCGUAGAGAGCUAGCCCACAGACUGAAAAGCUGAGGCAGUGCAGCAUGUCUCUUUGGUACCAAGACUUCUGGUAACGAUAGCCAAAGGCAGAAGUUUGUGGAUAGAGACUGGUGCUCUCAUUUGGAUUAGCAGCUCUUCAAAGGAGGAUUUAUCUCCUGUUUAUUUUUGUUUUGUUUUGUUUUUUAUUAUUUUUGGUUUGGUUUUAUUCUGAGGUAGCAGUUUGGUACUCAUGCAGCUGGAAUCUGCAUGUGCUGCUGCAAAAAGUAAGUUAUCCUAGGCUCCCGUGAGUAUGGACUAUGUUUGGGAUUCAGUCAUUCAAGGGUUACAAGUUAUUUGGAAUCAACAUUUUUGAGAACUCCUAGGUAAAACCCAGUAGCGUUAAUAAAGAUGCCUUUGCUUUGAACCUAGUACGGAGCGGCGGCAUUAAGAUCUUCAUUCGGUAACACUCUGGAUUUCUGUACUUGGUAACACAAACCCCACUUUCCCUCAGCCCUUAUUCCCUAUGCAGACAGUGAGAUAGGUACCUAACUGACCUGCCGCACUGCCAGUUCACUUGCCAUUGUAGUUUCUUUUUAAAUCCAACGCGGUAUCGCGUUCUUUUAUAAUGAACAAACAGAUGUAAUCAGGGAUUUACCUAAGGAAGAUUGGUGUAACUGAAAAUUGGGUGGUCACAUACCUGAAUGCACUUGGGUUACUUUUUAUUUAAUGAUUUGGAACAUUGAUAGUAUUGGAGGAUGAAUGUUCUGAGUUUGUUAGUUUGGCUCUGCAUGCAGUUGUCUGGUGAUUUUCCUAAAAAUAAAAUGAUAGUAACGAAUGUGGUAGUUUCACAUCUUUUUUGGUGUUUUUGCAUGUUUGCUAAGAAAAAUCUUGGAUUUGAUCUAAUUACUGAAUAUGUUUAAUUCCUAAACUUAGGGAAAUUUGUCUCCUUAUUUGAUACCUUGCUUUCUGGAGGGCAGCGGUGGUUUUGGUGGUUAAUUUUUCACUUAUGUAUCUGUUACACUGAAUUUUAAAUGCAACAUUUUAUAUAUGUAUUUUCCUCAAAUUACUACUGCUGUAUUAUAUGUUCAAAUUUUCAAAUUAUUCAAAACCAGGAGUUAAAAAAAAUUCUUUUAAACUAUUUGUUACCUACAAUAUAAAUUAUUUAUUUAUCUUUUCACUGUUGCUUAUUAAAAAGACUACUGACAAGUUUCCCAGA